GAAAAAUGUCACAUGGAACAUUUAUGCUGGUACUUGGGCUAUUUGCAGCUGCGAAUGAUGCAAGGAUUCCCAAUAUUUUCGAGGCACUAAACACAACAGAACGGACCUAUAUAUACUCUACAUCACUUAACAGGGAAGAUUACGUUUGUGCCUCCUAUACAAAACGUAAAAUUCUCUGUCCGUACCAAGAUUGUUUUUAUUAUAUUCGUUAUCAUCAUGGAAAUAGUUCUAAAGGGACGUGGAUGUAUGGCGAAAUUCAGAACCCAUGCCGUUUCAAUGGGUACUCCGAAUAUCCCUGCUUGUUAAGAAUGGACGUCUCAGAUUUUAAUACUACUAAAACAGUGAAAGAACUAGAGCGAAGAGUACUCAUGUCCUGGCAUCGGCACCCAGGAUGUGGCGUCUACGUUGUACUGGACGGCAACCGUACAAGAGGAUGCGAACUUCACGCACGUCAGAAGGCACUCGAGCAAAGAGAAGUGACAAGUCUUAUUCAUUGUGAAGCUGAUUUCUACAAAUAUUGCAAAAAUGAUAUUCAAAUCGCUCAGUACAGCGAGAACUGCAACUGAAAGAAAAGAUAAGUCUAAUGCUAGUGCC